AUCCAGGUGAUGAUGUUGUGCACGGAGUCUUAGUGAGACACAAGAGCAGCAUGAAGAACAAGUUUGAGAGCAUAUUUGAGGGAAUCAAAACACAAGAAAAUAAAACCUUCUUGAACAGGAUUUACACACAGCUGUACAUCAUAGAGGGGGAGAGUGAAGAACAUGAGGUUCUACAGAUGGAGAAAACCUUCAGGAAACAAGUACAUGAUACCCCAAUCAACUACUUUGAUAUCUUUAAACCUGUAGAAGAUCCUAAAGGAGAAAUGGAAGAACAGAACAUUAGAGGUGUGAUGGCUAAUACUGCCAGAGAAAAAGAAAGAAAAGAAGAUGAAGAACCAAAACAGCUCCGAACUGUCCUGACUAAAGGCGUCGCUGGCAUUGGGAAAACUGUGUCUGUGCAGAAGUUCAUUCUGGACUGGGCUGAAGGAAAAGCCAAUCAGGAUGUUGAUUUCAUGUUUGUGCUUCCGUUCCGGGAGCUGAAUCUGAUUAAAGAUGACCAGUUCAGUCUUCAUAAACUUCUGUCUGAUUUCCAUCCUGAACUUAAAGAUCUAGACCCAAAAAAAUAUGAUUCCUACAAAGUUGUGUUUAUCUUUGAUGGACUGGAUGAAAGCAGAAUUCCACUGAGCUUUUCACAGUGUGAGAAAAUAUCUGACAUAACAAUGACCUCAUCAGUGGGUGUGUUGAUGACCAACCUCAUCAGAGGAGAUCUGCUUCCUUCUUCUCACAUCUGGAUAACCACUCGACCAACAGCAGCCAGUCAGAUCCCUCCUCAGUACAUCAACCGUGUGACAGAAAUUCAGGGAUUCAAUGACCCACAGAAGGAGGAGUACUUCAGGAAGAGAAUCAGUGACCAAGACCAAGCCAAGAAAAUCAUCUCACACAUUAAGACAGUAAAGAGCAUCCACAUCAUGUGCCACAUUCCAGUCUUUUGCUGGAUCUCAGCCACUGUUCUUCAGCAGAUGAUAAACCAGAGUAAUACAGAAAUUCCCAAAACUCUGACUGAAAUGUACACACACUUCCUGCUGAUUCAGAUGAAUAUGAAGAAUGAGAAGUAUGAGGGAAACAUUAAGAGCGAUCCAGUGAAACUUCUGGAGUCCAACAGAGAGAUGAUUCUGAAACUGGCUAAACUGGCUUUCAAACAGCUGAUGAAGCGCAAUGUGAUGUUCUAUGAAGAGGACCUGAGAGAGUGCGGCAUUGAUGUCACUGAGGCCUCAGUGUACUCUGGGAUAUGCACUGAGAUCUUUAAGGAGGAAUCUGUGCUUUACCAGAGGAAGGUCUACUGCUUUGUGCAUCUGAGCUUUCAGGAGUUCCUGGCUGCUUUCCAUAUGUUUUACUCCUAUAUGAGCAAAAGUGUGGAAGAACUGCAAUUUUUUCUGAUGGCUGAGCUACUGAGAGGAGCAGUACAUAAAGCCUUAGAGAGUGAGAAUGGACACCUGGAUCUUUUUCUUCGAUUCCUUUUGGGCCUCUCAGUGGACUCCAAUCAGAAACUUCUGCAAGGCCUAUUAGCACGCCCAGAGAGCAGCUCAGAGAGCAUCACCAAAACAGUGCAGCACAUCAAACGCCUCAUAAAAACAGAGGAUCUUCCUGCUGAGAGAUCCAUCAACCUGUUCCUCUGCCUGACUGAAGUGAAUGACCAGUCUCUCUCCAGAGAGAUUCAGGAGUAUCUAAAAUCACAGAAAAACACAGGAACCAAACUCUCUGCUGCUCACUGCUCAGCAAUAGCUUACAUGCUGGAGAUCUCAGACGAGGUUCUGGAUGAGCUGGACCCAAAGAAGUUCAACACAUCAGAGGAGGGUUACAGGAGACUGGUUUUGGCUGCAAGCCACUGCAGAAAGGCUCUGUAA